AUGGGCGAGGGAUGGCGGCUCGGGACGACGGUGCGGGCGUGCGCGGUGAUGGCGGUGGCGAUCGCGGGCGCGCGGGCGCGGGCGCGGGCGGUGGAGGGAGGGAAGGGACGCGACGCGCGCGACGCGGAGGCGAGCGGAGGCGAGGGCGAGGCGACGCGGGAGGAGGAGACGGCGUCGACGACGACGGUGUCGAGGAGCGGGAGCGUGCCGGAGUUUGAUGAGGUGCGGGCGAUGUAUCACGACGCGAUGAACACGCUGAGCACGCUGGAUGGGGAUCAGGGGUACGACGUGGCGACGCGGGCGUUUGGGCGCAUCGCGAAUCUGGCCAAGGAGAGGGGAGAUAAGAAUUUGGAGUGCGAGGCGGCGUUGAUCGUGGCGGAGAUCGAGAUUAACUCGCUGCGGAGGAUGUAUGCGGUGUAUGAGCGCGAUGCCGUGCACGAUGGGAUCGAUGCGUCGCAGUUUGAACGCAUCACGCAGACGACGCUCAAGUUGGCGUACGACAACGGCGAUAAGAUUUCCGAGGCGCGCGCGCACUUGGCGGUUGGAGAUUACUAUUCCAUGGCGGUGAACGAUCACGUGGCGGCGCUGGAGCACUACGGACUCGCGCGCGAGUUCGCGCGCGAUGAAGGAAUCUUGCCCGUCGAGACUGAGGCGUGUCGAAGGAUGCGGUGGACGCAGAGCAUUCGAGGCGACGUCGACGGCGCCGUGGCGCUCUCGCGCGAAGUCUUACGACUCACGCGCGAGUACGUCGCGAUGUUGAAUGACGAGAAGGAGUCCUCGAAAAGGGACGCGACAGUACCCCUGAUGCUUCGUGAGCAUUGGUACUUGGGUGGGUACGAAAAUCAAGAGGUGUACGCGCUCAAGGAGCACGGGUGCACGCUUCGCGGCGAGACGCGUUUGUUGUCGAGGCCGCUUGUUUUGGAAAAGUACCAAGACGAAGCCGUGCGAACGUUCGAGGAAGCGAUAGCGACGCUCGAUUCGCACUGGAAGCGCAGCGAAAGCUCGUUCGAGACCGACGCGGAGGGCGCGGCGAUAAAAUUGAGUCUUUUGGCGCAUCUCGGAGACAUUUUAGACAACGACCUCGAGCGCACGCCAGAGAACCACGCGUCUGCCGUCGAGUACAGGAGAACGUACAACGAACUGAAACCAGGAUCAUUCGGCUCGAAUGUCACGUGCGCACUGUGCGAAGAACCGCUCGGCGGUCUAUCCAUAGACGACGCGAGGAUCCAGAUGACGUACGCCUGGGACGCGUGCGAAUCCAGUCAUCACUUCCAUUCCGCGUGUCUCGAGGCGGCGUUCGACGAGACGGCGCACGCGGGAUGUCCUGGAUGCAAGGCUGAAAUCCAAUCGACGGCGACGUCAAAUUAA